CUAUGAUUUGGUGGGUUGUAGUUACCUUUUACAAAUUGCUGAGCCAAAGUUUUCCAGCUGCGCAGCCUAUCCCAAAGUUUGUAUUUUAUGUAAUUUCCCCCCCCAAUAUUGCUAGUACCAAGGGAUUUCUUUUAAAUCAUGUUAAGAUGUAUUCAUUUCAGCAUUUGUUUCCCUGUAUUGUUUGAAAUGUCACCUGUGAUUGUCCUUGGUUUUCUCAGAGGGGAAUUCUUGGGACGGCCAUUGUUUUGCAAUUUCCGAAGGAGAUUUGGGCACCCUUGGGAGCAAUGGAAGGCCACAAGGCAGAAGAGGAGGUGUUAGAUAUUCUACGACUGAAUGUGGGGGGCUGCAUUUACACAGCCCGCCGGGAGUCCUUGUGCCGCUUUAAGGACUCAAUGCUGGCUUCCAUGUUCAGUGGUCGUUUCCCUUUAAAGACGGAUGAAUUGGGGGCAUGUGUUAUUGACCGUGACGGGCAUCUAUUUAAAUACCUUUUGGAUUACCUUCAUGGAGAAGUUCAGAUUCCCACUGACGAGCAAACCCGAGUUGCCCUGCAGGAAGAAGCUGAUUACUUUGGCAUCCCGUUUCCAUACAGCCUGUCCGACCACUUGGCCAAUGAAAUGGAGACAUAUUCUUUAAGGUCAAAUAUAGAACUUAAAAAGGCUUUAACAGACUUCUGUGAUUCGUACGGCCUAGUUUGCAAUAAGCCGACAGUUUGGGUUCUACACUAUCUUAACACAUCUCUGGCAAGCUGUGAGAGUAGAAUUAUUGGUGUGUACGCCACGAAAACUGAUGGAACGGAUGCUAUUGAUAAACAGCUGGGAGGAAGAAUUCAUAGUAAAAGCAUUUUUAAAAGAGAGGCUGGGAAUAAUGUUCAGUACAUCUGGAGCUAUUAUUCCGUGACAGAACUGAAGAAAAUGAUGGAUGCCUUUGAUACCUGGGAAGGAAAAGGUGUGAGCUACUGGCUGGUGCCUCAUGAGCUGAUAGAAUGUUGGACGCUGGAAGAGCAGCCUUUACAUGGAAGUCUGCCACACAUGGCCCCAGUUCGGAAAAGGCGACUGGUAGCUUUCAACGAAGAGGAAGAAAGUGUGAGCUCUAAGGCCGGUCCUAAGCCAGUGAGGUAUUUGGGCCCUUCCACAAGCACCCAGAUCAAGGUCAAGAACUCGGCUUCAGUUAGGGUGUCUCCAGCCAAGGCUCCCCGGACCUUGAUGCGAGUGACUGCAAACCAGCACUGUGCCCCUUCGAAAGCUGCGUCCAACUUGGGCACAAGUGCAUGUCCAGUGCCCCAGACUUCCUGGGGAACCAGGAGUAGUGAAAACGGGGCCACACAUCCCACUGCAGCACCGGCUGGACUCUCUGACAAGAAGUCUACGCCCAACCGAGUGAUCAAACUCAAGCGGACCCCACUGUGUGUUACAGGGCCUCCUCAGCCCACCUCUUCAGCUGUGGACCCAACCCACUCCAAGCAGCCUGCGCCCCCUGAGGCCUCCAACACUGAGGGGGUGUGGAUGGAAAAUGGGAAGGAGGAAAGUAAUUGAUAGCCGGAGCUCCCAGAGCUUUUAACAUGAGUUUACUACAAAGAUGUGACUCUGUAUCUUGAUGCAGCCAAGGGGCACAUUGGGUUUAUACUUGGGAGAAUGGGGUGGGAGUGGGGUGGGGUUGGUGGAGAAAAUGAUGUGUGGGCUGUAGGAGUGGAGGAAGGAAGAGUGCACGUAGCUGGGACUGCAUUUACGAACCAUCCCCCCAAAGUUUAAAUUAUUAUUUGUUAAGGGAGAGUUGAAAUUUUACGGUCCUAAGGAAUGUUUUUCGUUUCAAUGGUUAAAUGUAAGGUACCCUAUAGUGCAGUUAAACUGAGCACUAGAGAAGCAGUCCACGUGCCUGCUGUAAUAACAAGAGGCCCUGGACACUUUGAUAGGUCAUUGCUGUAUCCCAGGAAGGGGAGAAGGCCAGGCUUCGCUUUUCCUCUCUUGUGGGACUGUGAGUGCUCCCCUGUAUCUCUCACAGCUGCCGGAAGGGCCCAGAGGUCUAUGGGGAGCAAGGUGCACAGGUGAGCUCAGUCUCCAGAGACAGGGUGAAAAAGAAUGAUGAGGAAGGAGAAAAUGACAGUAAAUUGAGAUCACUCUUGCACUCACUAUUGGACGACUUUUCUAGAUUUGCUGGGUUUUUUUAAAUACUAUUUACUGCUAGUUGGUUUAUUUAUAUGUUACAAGAAAAUUUCUUUAGUAUGAAUUGUUAAAAACAUUUUCUUUUUUUUUUUGUUAAAAACAUUUUCAUGUAGGUCAUCAAAGCAUUUUGAAAAAGAAGUUAAAAGUUUAACUUUUUAAAACCAAGUUAAUAUUCAUUUUUCAGAAAUGACCAGGGGAUGAUCACUCUUAUUCUACAAAUGGUUUUGUACUUAUACAGUUUCCACCUAACUUGAAUUUAGGGUUUUUAAGCAGGAUAUUUUGACUAAUGUGCUGUAUUUUUGUUCAUGACAGUUUCAUUGUGUUUGCUCAUAUGUUUUACAUUUAUACUUGGACUGUAUAUUUCUACCUUCUGUGACCAGUAGGCCAUCAGUGUGUUAGAAAGAAGCUCAUAGAGCAGGGUAUUUUUCACUAACGUUUAUCACUCUCCUUGCGUUACUUUGAAAGAGUAAGAUAAGGAACCUCAAAAACAUUGCUUUUUACAAAAUAAACCUCCCAUAAAAGUGGCCUUCCCUGUGCAUGUACUGACUUGGAGCCGCUCCGGGGGGUGGACGUGUUUCAGCGCCAUGCUCUUUGGCAUUGCUAGUAGCUGCUGGCGAGUCGUGGACAACAGAGGGAAGCCUGGCCCCAUCCUGCACCAUCUCCAUCACGUCUCCCGCACAUGCCCCAGCCCCUUGUGGGUGACACUCCUCACGGAGGACUUCCCUGAUUUUCUGUCACUCUCUGCUUUACCACAUGGGAUGUCCUUUUCCAGUGGCCAAUUCUUUCCUGAUGACAUGCAAGAUUAAUCUCAUCAUUCUUGCUCCUAAAGAGCAAUCUGUUUGUCAUUCAAUUGAUACAAAAUCUAUUUUCUCCUUGCAAAACUGAUUUCUUGUUUAGAUAAUAUGUAGAAUAAUUAAACUAAUUUUGAAAAA